AUAAAUUUCCUGGGGUGAUAAAAUGCGCACACAGUCGCCCUGGCGUUAGCCAUCAUGAGUAUACUGCUUGUAUCAGUGAUAGCCUCUUUGGCUGUGCACGCAUCAGCUUCAGGCAUCGGCUUGGAUGCCCUCACCUUAAAAGGUGCCGCAGGGUCCAUAACAACAGGACCGUUAGCCUUAAAUGGUCUUGAUCUCAGUUUGGGAGGACUUUUGGCUCCUGGUUGGGCCAACGGCCUCGUUGCUCCAGCAGUUAGUGCCGGUACAGUGAUCGCUCCCGCCGUCGCCGCUAAAUCACUUGUAGUGCCACCUAUUAGUGCCGCGUCCUUAAUUGCUCCCGCCGUUGCGGCCACAUCACUUAUUGCGCCCGCUACGAGUGCCGGUGCUUUAAUUGCCCCCGCAGUGGCUGGUAAAACCGUCAUCACUCCUGCCGUCUCGUCUGGUGCGACCAUUAUUGGACCUUCCGUGCUUAAGGGCGCCGCUUUAGCAGCACCUGCUGCCAUCACAGCUGGUGGUGCUUCAAUCGUUGGCCCUUCGGCAGCUGCUACAUCCAUAGUGGGUCCAUCAGCCGCGCCCGCAAGCAUCAUUGGACCUUCUGCUGCUCUUGCAGCUCCAGCUGUAGUGGGUAAAGCUGCGGCAGCUCAAGCGAUUGUCGGACCAGUCGCACCCGCAGUAUCAGUUGUCGGGCCAGUGGCGCCUGGAGCAUCAGUUGUCGGACCAUCUACUGCACCAGUUAAUGUGGUGGGACCCAGCGCAGCUGGAGCUUCAAUCAUCGGACCAUCCGCUUUGGGACUUUUGGGUCUUCCCGGUUUGGUAGCACCAGCUGUUGCUGCUGCAUCAGCCGUAGCUGCUGCUCCAGCUCUUGCGUCACCUGCUGCGUUGGGUUUGGGAAGUCUUCAAUUAGGAGGAUUAGGUCUCAGAACAGCUGAUCUUGGUCUGGGUCUUGGAGCGAUUACUGAUAUUUCCAAAACUAUUAUCACUAACGGAGGUGGUACCAUAAAUUUAAGUGCACGAGGUGCUUUGGUUAAUGGACCAGCAGUUGCACCAACUGCUUUGAGGGGACCAUCUGGAAAAAUACUUGCUUAAAGAGGAAUAAGAUUGUGUGAACUGGCUACAUAUUUAUUAUUAAUUGUAAAUACAUAUUAGGUAAUUAUAUAUUUUUACAAAAAGG